AUGUCGACCCUCGCUCCUCCCCAGCGGUCGGGCAGCAUCCGACGCACCCCGUCCGACCUCUCUCGCGAACUCGCCUCGCAGAACCUGCCCGACCCUGAGACAAUCACCCGCGGCGAGCGCCGCGAGGAGGCCAGCCGCAAGCGCGAGGAAGUGACGGGCAAGCUUGCUAGCAUGGAGGGCGAGGAGCCUGAGGCCCUCACCAUGACCCACCGCCGCCGUCAGUCGGAGAAGGCGCAAGAGGCCAUGGCCGAGGCGUUGUCGACUCUCGAGCUUGGCAUGCCUGAGCGUGUUGCGCGUGCCAACGCUCGCGCUGACGGUGCCAAGACGCCCGUCCCUCCCGAGGUCACCGAGGGCACCGUCUCGGUCCCUUCGACUCCGGCACUCGAGAUCGACGAGCCUCCCGCAGUCGCGACUGCAAGCGGUUCGGCGCAGACGGAGCAGGUCGUCACGCCGUGGGACGUGCAGGGCGCGGUCGUCGAGGGUGUCCAGAUGGCUAUCGACUACAACCACUUGAUCGACCAGUUUGGCACGCGGCGGAUCGACGACGAGUUGCUCGAGCGGUUUGAGCGGUUGACGGGCCGCAAGCCUCACCUCCUUCUGCGACGAGGCACCUUCUUCUCUCACCGCGAGCUCAACCUCAUUCUCGACCGCUACGAGCAGAAGAAGCCGUUCUACCUCUACACCGGUCGUGGUCCUUCGUCCGACUCGAUGCACCUCGGUCACAUGAUUCCCUUCAUCUUCACUCAGUGGCUUCAGGACGUCUUCGACUGUCCGCUUGUCAUCCAGCUUACCGACGAUGAGAAGUUCCUCUUCAAGCCUUCGCUCAAGCUCGAGCAGUGCCACUCGUUCGCGUUCCAGAACGCAAAGGACAUCAUCGCGUGCGGCUUCAAGCCUGAAAAGACGUUCAUCUUCUCCGACCUCGACUACGUCGGCGGCGCGUUCUACCGCAACGUCGUCAAGAUUUCGCGCUUGAUCACCGCCCGCCAGAGUCAACAGACGUUCGGCUUCAAGCUUGAGGACAACGUCGGAAAGUGGCACUUCGUCGCGAUCCAGGCCGCCCCCUCCUUCUCCAACUCAUUCCCGCAAAUCUUCGGCGACAAGACCGACAUCCCCGCCCUCAUCCCCUGCGCCAUCGACCAAGAUCCGUACUUCCGCCUGACGCGCGAGUGCGCCCAGCGCCUCAAGUACAAGAAGCCUGCCCUCAUCCAUGCCAAGUUCAUCCCUUCGCUCCUCGGUGCGCAGAGCAAGAUGUCGGCUUCAGCGUCAGAGAGCUCGAUCUACAUGACCGACACGCAGAAGGAGAUCAAGACCAAGAUCAACAAGUAUGCGUUCUCCGGCGGACAGACCUCGAUCGAGGAACACCGCGAGAAGGGUGGAAACCCCGACGUCGACGUCAGCUACCAGUACUUGACGUUCUUCCUUGACGACGACGCCGAGGUCGAGCAGAUUGCCCAGGACUACCGUGCCGGCAAGCUCCUCACUGGCGAGCUCAAGCAGAAGACGAUCGCGCUCUUGCAGGAGUUCGUCAAGGCAUUCCAGGAGCGCCGAGCGGCCGUGACCGACGACCUCGUCAGGCAGUUCAGGGACCCGGAGCGCAAGAUCGACCCGACUUUGCGGUACGGACCUGGCUGCACGGGCGAGAAGCCCAAGGCCCCGGCGGCGCCCGUCAUCAAGGAGCCGACUUCGACGGCGUAG